UUUGCACAUCUCUAAUCAAAUACCAUCACGUCGAAAUACAGCAAAAUUCUGUUGGUAAACAUAAGCAAAAUUAAGGCUGGCAAUUAAUGCGGCAGCAUGCAACCAGUUGAUUGCCAAUUUCCAAGCAUAGUGAACCGGUCAAAACCCUGCUGAAUGGAUUUUGGGCCGAUUUGCAUAGAUAAGCGUGUAAUAAGCACCUACAGCUGCUGUUGAGUCAUCAUCUUUUAGCCAAAUAAGCCAAAAAACAAGGCUAACAGCCUUUGGAACCACCCAACUUGCUGCCCAAGUAGUGAUAGAGCCCCAAGUGAGCCACAGGUGAGAGGCGUUGUCUUUGCUGGGGAUGGCGUAAGCUGAUCCAACGAACAACGAACCAGCCAUCAAAGUAUAAUCAGCACACACACACUUGCCCACACCCAGCCACUUAAAUACCCCAAAAAUCAACCCAUUUUGGCCACAGCCCCAAUGGAGGACUACAAGUUCCUGUUCAAAAUCGUCCUGGUUGGCAAUGCUGGUGUUGGAAAAACCUGCCUAGUGCGCCGCUUUACUCAGGGCCUGUUUCCACCUGGCCAGGGUGCCACCAUUGGCGUGGACUUCAUGAUUAAGACUGUGGAGGUGGAGGGCGAGAAGAUCAAGCUACAAAUCUGGGACACCGCAGGCCAGGAGCGGUUCCGAUCCAUUACGCAAAGCUACUAUCGAUCGGCUCACGCCUUGAUACUGGUGUACGACAUCAGCUGCCAGCCCACAUUCGACUGCCUACCAGACUGGCUGCGCGAGAUCCAGGAAUACGCGAACUCCAAGGUACUCAAAAUUCUGGUGGGUAACAAGACGGACAGGGAUGAUCGAGAGAUACCCACCCAAAUUGGCGAAGAGUUCGCCAAACAGCAUGACAUGUACUUCUUGGAGACGUCCGCCAAGGAGGCGGAGAAUGUCGAGCGGUUAUUCUACGAAAUUGCCGCCGAAUUGAUUGGUCAGGCUAGAAGCAAGGAUGGCAGUAGUUCGGCCGCAGCGGCGGCCGCCCAGCGCCAGUCGGAGGGCAACUCCAUCGGCCUGGGGAGCUUCAGUGCCAAGGCAGCGCAGAGCAAUUGCUGUGGCGGACUCGCCAGCGGCGGCUCCAACUCUAGUCAAGCGGGCUGAGCUGUAAACCGAACUGGAAACUGUGCAGCUAAUCUGUAACUAGUUAAGGACUUAUCGUGAUAUUCCAUUUAUCUUUUAUUACCAUGAUGCUCCCGCAUUCUAACGCAUACAUUUGUUAUACGACUCGGUUACUCAUAUAUUUUGUUUUUAUGAGCAUGAUUAUGACUAAGAUCGUUUGCCCUUGUAACGAUUUCUUUUAGAUUGUUAAAGCACUGACUUAAAAAGCCUUUAUAUGUAACAGUUUUUGAAGCAAUUUUCAUCGUUUUCACUAAACUACCAAAAUAACGAAUGGAUCUGGAAACUGUGCAGCUAAUCUAUUAUAGUUAAAUACUACUAGUGAUAUUCUGUUGAUGCUUUGCGGUAUAUUGUGUAAAUUCCAAAACUAAAAAACUGAUUUUUGGUUGUUAAAUCUGUAUCCUCUUCGUUUCACGGAAAACAAAUUGAUUAUAAAACACACACUAAUUUACUA